CUUUCUUGUUGCUGGACACUGUUAGUCUUGGAGGGCUCGGCUUAGCGAUAAACCGUUUUGCCUUUGGUUGUGUUUGUUUUGUUUUGCCUUUUUCAAUGAGAACAGUUUACACCACAUUAAACUUCUUGGUUUGCGCCAAUUUAUGGUAAAUUCAUAAUAACCAUGAUGGAAAUAGAGUUGGUACAGUAUAAGCCUUCAUUGCGCAGCAUUGGCGUUACGAACACUCACCUGAUAGACAUUGAUAACGGAACUCAGAUUUUGCAUCACACCACCAUCCAUCAUGCUACGUUGUAUGAGGCUUUCGUCGGGUUGAGUCGGGACAGCACACCAGCAUCUUCUAUUCCUUUCGAUGUUGUUAAAAGCAGGAUAUUCUGAUACUAUCAGGUAAUAGAUAGCAUGCCGACCACAUAUUUUUGCGACACGUACUCAAUUCAUCGUUCAGGCGGUGGCACGAGGAAUCGGUCUGCGUCUUGUCUUCAACACUGUACUGUACUGGCGUAUAGGCUUGGUUGGUCUUGUCAAUCGCCAUACACAACACAAUGUUUUAUGACGAAAACACAUAAUCCAAUAUUAAGCCGGUUGCUCCAGAGUAAGCAGUAUUGUUGUUAUCUAAUCCUCAGCGCUCCUCCAAUUGGAUGCUCGAUAUUAAAACGCAAUGGUUUCCACGGCGGCACAGGAACAAGUCCCGAAGUACCGGUACAUAGGUCGUGUUCAAUGGACGCUGAAAUUGCACUUUGGCUGGGUACAGGGUUUACCUUCAGUGGAGCGGUGCCCCUAAAAUACCAUUCCGUAGGGUCCGGGAGGCCUAUGAUUUUUAUGCCCCGGAGCCCGCAAGCCGCGCGGCCGGCGUAGAGUGCAAUUCCGUUAAUGAAAAUAGAGCAAGCAUUAUCAACAAGCUUCUUUUAUCAUCAGAAGCCAUGCCCAGUCAACCGGGCGAUGAAACAUCUCGUCAAUUGAGACUAGACGGCGACUGAUCCAGCCCAUUGCGAGGAGAACAGCUUCGACGUCGACGUCACCAUCGACGCUUUACAGCGGCCGUACCACUGCCGACCAACUGCUAAGAGAUAGCGGACGAUGGGCUUUGAAUUCCCCUAACCCUUCCGUUGCUUCCCUACGUACCGCUAGUACGGUUUUGCGGUCGCCCAUUAAGCGCUACAGCAAGUGCAUGCAGGCCGGGCUCAGGGCACCUUUCCGUCUUGGGUUUAGCGGGCCAAUGUCGUUGAGGAGAAGGCUUGCAUUGGCCGCCAGAUGCAGCCUCUAGGGCCCCUCCCUCCUAAAAUCUAGAGGCAAAAAAAAAGUGACGAGAUACGUGCAGCAACUAAAAACCAAGAUCCCCAAUUUUUUUCCCUAUGCCCACUGGCCCCCCUCCCAUGCAGGCUCCCCCAAAAAGCUGCUUGCUGUGGUGGGUCCCAGCAGUUCAACAAUCUCCAAAGCCGCCACGCCCAAUGGUCCAUGCCACCCGGCCAGCCGUCACUCAUCGCUACCGCUACGGCUUUUUGCUUCUUGCGCGUCCCGUACCUUUCCUUCUUGCCCCAUCCUCCCCUCCAUUCCCAUCUUCAUCCAUUCUAAACACUUUUACUUCUUUUAAUUGUUGCUUCAAGAGAAUAGGGGACUCUUGAUCUUGUUUGCCUCGUUUUCACCUUCUCUACUCUCCUCUCCUCCCAACUGCGUUUGGCCGCGCUGUUGCACUUUCGCCUACGACCCCCCCUAAUUCUUGAAGCUUGAAAACCUCAAUUCCGGCCGUCUGUUAGCCAAUUCAAUAACCUUGCAUCUAUUCAAGGUCAAUUGAGUUGCCUGAAGUUGUAAACAGUCAACUUCAGCCGCUACUACGACUUAAAUCCGAUCAUCCUCACAACCUAGUCACAACCCGCUAAACAUGCGUCCCGAAGUCGAGCAGGAGCUUGCUCACACGCUCCUCGUGGAGCUUCUUGCUUACCAGUUCGCCUCGCCGGUCAGAUGGAUUGAAACCCAGGAUGUCUUCCUCGCUGAGAAGACUGCUGAGCGCAUCGUCGAAAUUGGUCCCGCCGAUACGCUCGGUGUCAUGGCCAAGCGUACACUUGCCGCCAAGUACGAAGCCUACGAUGCUGCCAAGUCCGUCCAAAGACAGAUCCUCUGCUACAACAAAGAUUCGAAAGAGAUUUACUACGACGUAGAUCCCGUCGAAGAGGAGCCCGAGGCCCCCGCUGCGGCUUCCACUGACGGCGCCGCUGCUCCUGCCGCUGUCGCCGCUUCUGCCGCUCCCGUUGCUGUCGCCGCGCCGCCACCCCCCGGCGCUGGCCCAGCCGCUCAAGUUCCUGAUGCGCCUGUGCAAGCUGUCGAAAUUGUUCGCUCUUUGAUUGCUCAAAAGCUGAAGAAGCCAUACCUUGAGGUCCCUUUGAGCAAGGCCAUCAAAGAUCUCGUUGGUGGCAAAUCUACUCUACAAAACGAAAUCCUCGGUGAUCUGAGCAAGGAAUUCGGCUCUACUCCCGAAAAGCCUGAAGACACUCCUCUUGAUGAGCUUGGUGCCUCCAUGCAAGCCACUUUUGAUGGCAACCUGGGCAAGGUUUCGCAAUCUUUGAUUGCCAGACUCAUUUCUUCUAAGAUGCCCGGGGGUUUCAACAUCACUGCCGCUCGCAAGUACCUUGAAACCCGCUGGGGUCUCGGUAAUGGUCGUCAGGAUGGUGCUCUACUCCUGGCGUUGACCAUGGAACCUGCUGCGCGUCUUGGUUCAGAAGGCGACGCAAAGGCUUUCCUCGACGAUGUCACACAGAAAUACGCUGCCAACUCUGGAAUCAGCCUUUCUACUACUUCUGCAAGCGAUUCCGCUGGUGCUGGUGGUGCUGGUAUGAUGAUGGAUCCCGCAGCCAUCGAUGCGCUCACCAAGGAUCAGCGCGCGCUCUUCAAGCAGCAGCUUGAGCUCUUCGCUCGCUACCUCAAGAUGGACCUUCGCUCCGGUGAGAAGGCUCACAUUGACUCUCAAAAGUCUGAGAAGGUCUUGCAAGCUCAGCUUGACCUCUGGACUGCUGAGCACGGUGACUUCUACGCCUCCGGUAUCGAGCCAGUUUUCAGCCCUCUCAAGGCUCGCACAUACGACUCUUCAUGGAACUGGGCUCGUCAGGAUGCCCUCACUAUGUACUUCGACAUUAUUUUUGGCCGUCUGCAGACUGUCGAUCGCGAAAUUGUCAGCCAGUGUAUCCGCCUUAUGAACCGAUCAAACCCCAAGUUCCUCGACUUCAUGCAGUACCACAUUGACAACUGCCCUACCGAACGAGGCGAGACCUACAAGUUGGCUAAGGAGCUUGGAUUGAUGCUGAUUGAUAACUGCAAGGAAGUCCUUGAGGUAUCCCCCGUUUACAAGGAUGUCGCAGUUCCCACUGGUCCUCGAACCACCGUUGACGCUCGUGGUAACCUCGAAUAUGAGGAGACUCCUCGCGCCAGCUGCCGCAAGCUUGAGCACUAUGUUCAGCAAAUGGCCGAGGGUGGCAAGAUUUCUGAAUACGGAAACCGCACAAAGGUCCAGAGUGAUCUCCAGCGCAUCUAUAAGCUCAUCAAGCAGCAGCACAAGAUGUCCAAGACGUCUCAGCUCGAAAUUAAGAGCUUGUAUGGUGAUGUUCUCCGCUCUCUGGCCAUGAACCAGAGCCAAAUCAUCAAGGAGGACGGCAAACCCAAGAAGGGUGGCCUCAAGGCCGCUACUCAGAAGAAGGGCAAGGUCGAAACCAUCCCCUUCUUGCAUCUCAAGAAGAAGACUAUUCACGGCUGGGAUUACUCCAAGAAGCUCACUGCUAGCUACUUGACCUGCCUUGAAGAAGCUGCACGCUCUGGUGUCACUUUUGAGGGCAAGGAUGUCCUCAUGACUGGUGCUGGUGCCGGAUCCAUUGGUGCUGAGGUCCUUCAAGGUCUUAUCAGUGGUGGUGCCCGCGUCAUUGUCACCACCAGUCGCUUCUCCAGAGAAGUUACUGAGUACUACCAGUCUAUGUACACUCGCUACGGUUCUCGCGGCUCUCAGCUCAUCGUUGUUCCUUUCAACCAAGGUAGCAAGCAGGAUGUUGAGGCUCUCGUCGAAUACAUCUAUGAUGCCAAGAACGGUCUUGGUUGGGAUCUUGACUACAUUGUGCCUUUUGCUGCCAUCUCAGAGAAUGGUCGCCAGAUUGACGGCGUUGACUCUCGAUCCGAAUUGGCCCAUCGUAUCAUGCUUACCAACUUGAUCCGUCUUUUGGGUUGUGUCAAGACUCAGAAGGCUGAGCGCGGUUUCGAAACCCGCCCCGCCCAGGUCGUCCUGCCUCUGUCGCCUAACCACGGAACCUUCGGUAACGAUGGUCUCUACUCCGAGUCUAAGCUCGGUCUGGAGACUCUCUUCAACAGAUGGUACGCCGAAAGCUGGGCCAACUACCUCACCAUUUGCGGUGCUGUUAUUGGCUGGACUCGCGGUACUGGUCUCAUGUCUGGCAACAACAUUGUUGCUGAGGGUGUUGAGGCCUUUGGUGUACGCACCUUCUCCCAGCAGGAGAUGGCUUUCAACCUUCUCGGUCUGAUGUCUCCUACUAUCGUCGAUCUCUGCCAGGCUGAGCCAGUCUUUGCUGAUCUUAACGGUGGUCUUCAGUUUAUCCCCAACCUGAACGAGGCUAUGACCAAGCUUCGCAAAGACAUUACUGAGACCAGUGAGAUCCGCCGUGCUAUCACCAAGGAGAACGCUCUUGAGAACACCAUUGUCAACGGUGCUCAGGCCGAGGUCGUAUACAAGAAGAAGGUUGUUCAGCCUAGAGCCAACAUUCAGUUUGACUUCCCUACUCUCCCCGACUGGAAGAAGGAGGUCGCUCCCCUUAAUGACUCCCUCAAGGGCAUGGUCGACUUGGAGCGUGUUGUUGUUGUUACUGGCUUUGCUGAAGUCGGUCCUUGGGGUAACUCUCGUACCCGUUGGGAGAUGGAAGCCUUUGGCGAGUUCUCCCUGGAGGGUUGCGUUGAGAUGGCCUGGAUCAUGGGUCUUAUCAAGAACCACAACGGUCCAUUGAAGGGCAAGCCCUACUCCGGUUGGGUUGACUCCAAGACUGGUGAGCCAGUUGAUGAUAAGGAUAUCAAGGCCAAAUAUGAGAAGCAUAUUUUGGAUCACUCCGGUAUCCGUAUUAUUGAGCCUGAGCUCUUUGGUGGUUACGACCCCAACAAGAAGCAACUUCUCCACGAAGUUGUUAUUGAGGAAGACCUUGAGCCCUUCGAGGCUUCCAAGGAGACCGCCGAAGAGUUCAAGCGCGAGCAUGGUGACAAGGCCGAGGUAUUUGAGAUCCCUGAGAGUGGUGAAUACAUUAUCCGCAUGAAGAAGGGUGCCUCCCUCUGGAUCCCCAAGGCUCUCCGCUUCGACCGUCUCGUUGCCGGCCAGAUCCCCACCGGCUGGGACCCUAAGCGCUACGGUAUCCCUGACGACAUCGUCUCCCAAGUCGACCAGGUUACCCUCUUCCUCCUCGUCUCCACUGCUGAGGCUCUAUUGGCAAGUGGUAUUACCGACCCUUACGAGUUCUACAAGUACGUCCACGUUUCCGAGGUCGGAAACUGUGUUGGUUCUGGUAUGGGUGGUACCGAGGCUCUCAAUGGCAUGUACAAGACACGAUUCCUCGACCAGCCUCUCCAGAACGAUAUCCUGCAGGAGUCCUUCAUCAACACCAUGGCCGCUUGGGUUAACAUGUUGUUGAUCUCUUCUUCUGGUCCUAUCAAGACCCCCGUCGGUGCCUGUGCUACUGCCGUCGAGUCUGUUGAUAUCGGUUACGAGACUAUUAUGGAAGGCAAGGCUCGCGUCUGCUUCGUCGGUGGUUUCGAUGACUUCAACGAGGAGGGCUCCUACGAGUUUGCCAACAUGAAGGCUACCAGCAACAGCGUUGAUGAGAUGGCCCACGGCCGCACUCCCCAGGAGAUGUCUCGACCCACUACCACAACUAGAAACGGCUUCAUGGAGUCUCAGGGUUGCGGCAUCCAGGUCAUCAUGACUGCCAAGCUGGCUCUCGAUAUGGGUGUCCCUAUCCACGGUAUCAUUGCUCUUACCACCACUGCUUCUGACAAGAUUGGUCGUUCCGUACCUGCUCCUGGUCAAGGUGUUUUGACCACUGCCCGUGAGCACGCCGGCAAGUUCCCGUCGCCUCUGCUUGACAUCAACUACCGCCGUCGCCAGAUCGAGCGUCGCAAAAAGCAGAUCAAGCAGUGGCAGGAGUCUGAGCUUGAGUUUGUUCACGACGAGGUUGAUGCUAUGAAGGCCCAGAACGCUGCCUUUGAUGAGAAGGCGUACGCUCAGGACCGUAUCUCUCACAUUGAGAAGGAGGCCGCUCGCCAAGAAAAGGAACUCUUGCGCGCCAUGGGCAACAACUUCUGGAAGAACGAUACUAGCAUCGCUCCUCUCCGUGGUGCUCUCGCCACUUGGGGUCUCACCAUUGACGAUGUUGGUGUUGCAUCCUUCCACGGAACUUCUACCAAGGCCAACGAUAAGAACGAGUCUUCCGUCAUUUGCCAGCAGCUUCGUCACCUUGGCCGCUCCAAGGGCAACGCCGUUCUUGGUAUCUUCCAGAAGUACCUUACCGGUCACCCCAAGGGUGCUGCUGGUGCUUGGAUGAUGAACGGUUGUCUCCAGGUCCUCAACACUGGUCUGGUUCCUGGUAACCGCAAUGCCGACAACGUCGAUGCCAUCAUGGAGGACUUUGACCUCAUUGUCUACCCCAGCCGCAGCAUCCAGACUGACGGCAUCAAGGCUUUCUCCGUUACCUCGUUCGGUUUCGGUCAGAAGGGUGCCCAGGCCAUUGGUAUCCACCCCAAGUACCUGUUUGCUACUCUUGAUGAGAAGACCUAUGGCGAGUACUGCGUCAAGGUCGAGGCCCGUCAGAAGAAGGCUUACCGCUUCUUCCACAACGGUCUUGUCAACAACAGCCUGUUCGUCGCCAAGGACAAGGCUCCUUACACCGACGAGCAGCUCAGCUCUGUUCUACUGAACCCUGAUGCCCGUGUCUCCACCGACAAGAAGACUUCUGAGCUCAAGUUCAGUGCCAACUUCAUGAAGGAGUCGGAGAAGAUCGUCUCGUCCUCUCAGGCCAAGGAGAACGAGGCCAUCAUGUCCACUCUUGCCCAAAAGGUUGCCAACCAAAACAGCAAGGUUGGCGUUGAUGUUGAGGACAUUGCUGCCAUCAACAUCACCAACGAGACCUUCGUUGAGCGCAACUUCACCACUGGCGAGAUUGCCUACUGCAAGGCUGCUCCCAGCCCCCAGAGCUCCUUUGCAGGACGCUGGAGUGCCAAGGAGGCUGUCUUCAAGUCGCUUGGUGUUCCCAGCCAGGGCGGCGGUGCCGCUAUGAAGGACAUUGAGAUUGUGAAGAGCGAGACCGGCGGCCCUAUCGUGACUUUGCACGGCCAGGCUGCUGCAGCUGCUAAGCAGGCCGGCAUCAAGGACAUCUCCUUGUCCAUCUCUCACUCUGAAACCCAGGCUAUUGCCGUUGCUGUUGCCAACUUCUAAAUAAGGCAUGGCGAUGUAUUACUGACGACGGAUGAUGGACGGAAUGCCGCAUUCAAAGAAGUAUUGUUAUUUUAAUAGAUUGAAAGUCUUGUUUGUAGAUUUGAUUUUUUUAAUACAUUUUACAUUUAUCAU